ACGAUUUGCCGAGCGAAGUAUUUCUCAAUAUCUUCCUGAUCAUGUGAAGAGCCAGAACUGUGCGCUGUUUACAACCUGUAUAGCAUAGAAUAGACUAAAGACGGGCUCCGCUUGGCUGGCACUACGAAGACAGGAGGAGUGGCAAGGAAGCGUUUUAAAGGGGGCAGCAUUUGGGGAAAGACAGACCCUGAUAUAGAAGACUGCACGCCACGAACUGGAAGGUUAUCACAUCGCAGUUUGCUCUGACACUGAAAGAAAUGCUUCCAGACUGUAUUUGCUGAACGUGUUACAUUCGUCACCAGGGUGCCUGGCAUUUCAUACUUUGCUUCGAAAAGAAAAAAAUCAAGAGGCAUAACUAAUUAGGAGGCUUGUAUACGGAGAGAGGUCACCGCAUUGUUGAAGUAAAUAGAAAGCAGAAUAACAAAAAAUCUGGCAUUGCUGAGAAAAUGUUGUUGGCUGUGAAGGGCUGUGGGGAAGAGACAGAGCGUCCUUCAUGCACACAGCUGCAUGGGGUGAAAGACAAGUGACAUGUAGCCUUAUGGACAGCAAUCACAAGAAGAGGAGAUUAUGUUCCUUUUAUUAACUGUUUUCUGGCCAUUAUUUUUUUUUACGGCUUUCCUUUGCACCCAAGGAAUACAGCAAUGGGAUUGUCAAGAAGGUUAUGGUGAUUUUGGUAACGGACAGACCACUUGCAACGCUCUAAUGCCGUUCCUGCUGUUUAGUCACAGAAAUGAAAUUUUCAGCAUUGACAGCGAUGGGACCAAUUUCAGAACAGUAGCACGUAACACGGGGUCUUUAGCCUCUCUGGAUUUUGAUCAUCAGGAACAAAGAGUCUAUUGGCUUGAUCUCAGCAAAGGUUUUCUUCAAAGAGUGUUCUUGAAUGGGACUAAACGUGAGAGAAUGCGUGCUGUAGUGCAGGGAGCCACGCUAUUUACAGUGGACUGGAAACACAAAAUGAUUUUCUGGUCUAGCCAGAACAAAGGAACCAUAGAAUGGACCAGCUUGAGUGGGAAGAAGUCUCGAACCCUUUUGAGAGGUUUAGUUCAUCCCACCUUCAUUUCUGUUGAUCCUGUGGAGGGUUUUCUGUUUUGGACAUCUGGAAGUUCUGUUUCUGUCAUUGAAAGAUCCAGAUUGAAUGGAACUAAUGUGACGACUGUUAUUGAAAUGAAAGGAGAUCUCAAAGCCUUAGCAUUGGACACACGUGACAAAAGAAUCUACUGGGUUCGGUCGGAAAUAGAUGCUGCAGAAUCAAGCCUUGGCACAUGCACUUACCAUGGGGAAUCUGUAACUGUAAUUAAGUAUUUAGCCAUGGCUUCAAGACAAAAUAAUGUAGGACUUUCAGUUUUUUAUGAUCACAUCUACUAUUCAGAAAGAAAAUCUGCUUCAAUCAGAAAAAUUCAUAAAUAUACAGGAAAAAAUUCCACUACCAUUAACCUAAAACCAUACAUUGUGGACGUCAUCGACAUGAAAGUAAUUGCUCAGCUGUCACAUACCAGUGAGGCUACUUACUCACAGAUAUCUGAGCCUGAUCUUUGCAAUGAGGGAACUGACUAUUGUACAGGAAUAUGUCAAAAUGAUGCAGCAAGCCAGCAAUGUAGAUGUAUAGAGGGGUUUCAACUUUCCGUUGAUGGAAGACACUGUGAAGAUAUAAAUGAGUGUGCUCUUUGGACCCAUGGCUGCACUCUUGGCUGUGAAAAUAUUCCAGGUUCCUAUUUUUGUACUUGUCCAGGAGGCUAUGUUCUUCUACCAGACAGCAAGUCGUGUCAUGAUGUGACACCUUGCUUACAAGAAAACAGAAACUGCAGUCAUGGUUGUGUACAGACAGCUGGAGGACCUGUCUGCUACUGCCCUGAAGGAUCAGUGCUUGCUGGUGAUGGGAAAACGUGCACAGGCUGCUCGUCUCCUGACAACGGAGGAUGUAGCCAAAUAUGCAGGAGGUCUGGGAGAGCAGAAUGGGACUGUGACUGUUUUCCUGGAUACACUCUACAAUGGGAUAAGAAGCGUUGCCUUGCUUCAGGUCCUCGGCCAUUCCUACUGUUUACAAAUGUACAAGACAUCCGGAAAAUGAACUUUGAUGGGACAGAUUAUGACAGCCUACUGGACACACAGAUGGGGAGAGUCUUAGCACUGGACCAUGACCCCAUGGAAAAUAGGAUUUACUUUGCACACACAGCUCUGAAGUGCAUAGAAAGUGCAAAGAUGGAUGGCAGCAGUCGAAAAAAAGUGAUUACAGAAGAUGUAGACACUACAGAGGGACUUGCCAUUGAUGCCAUAAACAGAAAGCUGUACUGGACUGACAGAGGAAAAUCCUGCAUUGAAAGGAGUGACUUGAAUGGAGAAAACAGAGAAAAGAUUAUCCAUGACAACUUGCAUCAGCCAAGAGGAAUUUGUCUACAUCCGCGGGCUGGGAAAUUGUUUUGGACAGAUAUAGGAUCUGCUCCUCAAAUAGGAAGCUCCAGUCUUGAGGGAAGGGACAGAAGAAUUGUGAUCAAUACAAACCUUGUGUGGCCAAGUGGAAUCACUGUAGACACCCUCACUAAUAAGCUUUAUUGGUGUGAUGCCAAGAAAUCUGUCGUUGAAUCUUCAGAUCUGGAUGGCUCCAAUCGCCACAGCCUAUCCCAUGAUGUAGGUCAUCCAUUUGGUAUAGCCAUAUUUGAAGAUCACAUUUGGUUGUCUGACUGGGUGCAGCCAUCAAUAAUAAGAAUGGACAGGAAGAACACACACAAAUGGGUACGCCUCCGUGGGAGUAUGCAGAGACCUUCAGCACUUGUGGUUGUGCAUCCAUUGGUAAAGCUAGUUUCCCUGACGUUCUGUCUUGCUGAUGACAUUUUACCAAACAGGAAGAAGGAUUAUGAUGGUGAAUCUGUACAUAACACUUAUGUCUUCCCGGGUUCUUUAACAACAGCUGGGGGAGAGGAUGGCACGGCAGAAGCCCCUGAUGCCCAUGGCAGCAAUGAGUUAGUUGCUGAAAUAUUAUUAUCAGAUGAGAGUGGCUGUGGGGACAGUUCGUGUGAUAUCAAUGCUUACUGUGUGCCAUCAGAAGAUGGACCAAGAUGCCAAUGCUUGGAAGGCUAUACUGGGAAUGGCAAGUCCUGUCAUGAUAUUGAUGAAUGCUUGCCACACUUUGAUGCCUGUGACCCACACAAUGCAGAGUGUAUCAACAUGGAGGGUGGUUAUAUAUGCCGAUGCAGAGAUGGUUUCCUUGGAAAUGGCCUUCAGUGCAUAGAUAUUGAUGAAUGUACCCAGGGCACUCACGGAUGUGGAGACGAGUUCCUCUGCAUAAACACACCAGGGAAUUACACCUGCAUAUGUAGUAAUGGGAUUCCUGGAACUGCCGCUAACUGCCUGGAGUUGACCACACCUACCAGCACUUUUUUUACAACCGUAUACAACUCCUCGGGUAGCGGCUAUAUACAGGAUUGCCCUGCAUUCUAUGAGGACUACUGUCACAAUGGGGGCAUGUGCAUCUACUUACCAGCAGUAGAAGAAUAUGGAUGCAUCUGUGUGAACGGGUAUUUGGGAGAACAAUGCCAGUUUGAUGACCUGAAGUGGUGGGAGCCACGAUCAACGCAGAUGAGGAUUCGUAGUGUUACCAUCGCUGUAUCUUUGGUUGUCCUCUUCCUGACUCUGGGUCUUGGGUCCUUUGUAAUAUACCAUUACAGGCAUCAGCUCGUACAAAGCAGAAGCACUGGCGGGCGCCACAUCGAGCCAUAUUAGCAAUGUGCAGAAGCCAGCCUGAGUGGCCAGCAAGACUGUGAAAUCGAAAAAUGAAAAAGUAAUUGGUCUGUGAAGAAUAAAGCAGAGCUUCAAGAGUGUGUAAACUAACAUGAAAAUGACUGUGCCUACAAAAACUACAGCGUUCCAUAAUCUGAUUUGUAGAUGAAUGCGAGAAGGAACAGCUAUUUGCAGCAAUAAGAAGAAUGUGAAUCCUCUAUGCAGUUGUGCAAUUUCAACAGACUUACCUGGGAAUCUUAUUUGAUUAAAAACUACUAUGCUCCAAAAUUAGCAGCUUUUAAAUUUAGACAUGAAAUAGUUAGUUCACAUUGUUUCCAGUGCUUUCAAACAGGUUAGGCUACUACCCUACUAGUAAAGGUGGCCAUCUUUUUUUUUUUUUCUAAGGAAAAGUCUCCACUACUAUCUAAUAGUAUUUUUUUGGACUGAGCAAAUUAAGCAAAGUGAUUGCAAAAAGCUAUCCAAGGACUUGCUGGUUAAAUUCAGCCUCUUCUUUCCAUUAGGUGGAUUUGUAGACAGACUACAUUAAAGAAGGUUUGGAUGUUUA